UAUAUUUUGUCUGAAUAAUCUAGAGGGUGAAAGAUACCAAAAUGACCCUAAUGUUUACCGCUAUUCUCACUUGACUAUUCAAGCUUUUUAGUUCUCAAUUAUGACCUUCAAAUUAACAAAAUCUGAGCACCAGUUCUCAAUUAUGAUUACUCUCAACAAUCAUUCUUCCGGGACUGUAAUUUCAACCUCAAAAAACACAGUGUCCAAUGGUGAGCCAAAGCCACUCAAAUUAUGCUCAUGCGGAAGAAGGCAAUUGCUUCAGACAGCUCUACUUUCAGUGGCUGCUCCUUCACAUGCUUCUGAUUAUAAGACUAUUUUGAAUACAGUCCGCCCUCCAAGACCCGAUUGGUACGAGGAAUUUUAUGCUUCAGCGUUGAAUUCACAGAUGAUGCAAUCCUAUGAGGCAGAGAUUUCAGCUUACAAGUCGCAGCUUUUUGCGAAUUUGAGGGGGAAUGCGAAGAAAGUAUUGGAGAUUGGAAUUGGGACAGGUCCUAAUCUCAAGUACUAUGCCGGGGAUGGUGAUUUAGAGAUUUUCGGUGUGGAUCCUAAUGCGAAAAUGGAAAAAUAUGCAGAGGCAGCUGCACAAGCUGCUGGUCUACCUUCUGCAAAUUUCAGAUUUAUACAAUCUGCUGGAGAGGCUAUACCACUACGUGAUGCUUCGGUUGACGCAGUUGUUGGAACUCUUGUUCUUUGUUCUGUUACUGAUGUUGAUCGGACAUUGCAAGAAGUGAAAAGGGUGCUUAGACCAGGUGGAUUUUACUUAUUUGUAGAGCAUGUGGCAGCAAAAGAUGGAACAUUUCUUAGAUAUGUGCAGAAUGUGCUUGAUCCUUUGCAGCAGACAGUAGCGGAUGGAUGUCAUCUAACCAGGGAAACAGGAAAGAAAAUAGAUGAAGCGGGCUUCUCUCAUCUUAAUUUAACCUCAAUUUUCUUGUCUAACACUGCUUUCUUAAACCCUCAAGUGUACGGAAUCGCUACCAAGUAAUGUUAACAGUAAACUAUACAUUCAUGCUGCAAAUAUUGAGGAUGGCCAACCUUUUGAUCUAA